AUGACUUCUGGUAUGAAAGACAACAAUAAUAGAACUACGAUCUAUGUUGGUGGACUAGACGAUCAAGUAAAUGAGCAAAUCUUACAUGCAGCAUUUAUUCCGUUCGGUGACAUAGUAGAGAUUCAAAUACCACCAGAUCCAGCAUCUCAUAAUCAACAUCGCGGAUUUGGCUUUGUGGAAUUUGAAGAAGCAAGUGACGCACAAGCCUCAAUAGAUAAUAUGAAUUUAUCAGAACUAUAUGGUAAAGUAAUAAAAGUUAAUUUAGCGAGACCAAUUCGAAUUAAAGAUGGAAGUAUGAGAGCAGUAUGGUCCGAAGAUGCGUGGCUACAAAAAUACGCGCUUAAAUCUGCUGAUCCGAAUGUACCUUAUGAAUCAGAUGAAAAUGAAGGAGAUAAGCAGCAACAAGAAGGGAAAUCAGAUGCAACACAAAUGAAAUCUCCCGAACAAUAA